AUGAAGUUCUCCAUUGCUGCUGCUGCGACAGUGUUGUUGGGCGUAGCUCAGGCCAAGACGUUCCUGUUCCCCAUCCCUCAGUCCGUCGAAUGGACCGGUCACGGGGCUGCGUUGUCCAAGGACUUUCACAUCACUGGUAUUGACCAUCACAACUAUCAUGUCCGUGACGCGGCCAAGCGCUACAUGAAGCUCAUCCGCAAGGAACGAUGGGAAAAUGUCCAGGUGCCCUACACUAAAGAAGCUCCCUUGAAACAUGCUCGCGCUCUCGAACAACUCAAGAUUGACGUCGAGGAUAACAAUGCCAAGUUGGACAUGAACAUCGAUGAAUCUUACACACUUGAUGUUCCCACUGAUGGUAAACACGCUUCGCUCAAGGCCAAGACAUGGGUGGGUGCUCUCCGCGGAUUGGAAACCUUCUCUCAGCUGAUCCUCAACCAAGAUCACGACUUGGUCGUUCACACUGCCAAAAUCAAAGAUCAUCCUUCGUAUGGCCAUCGCGGUAUCAUGUUGGACACCGCCCGUAACUUCUACCCCGUCAAGGACAUUCUUCGCACCAUUGACGCCAUGGCCUACAACAAGAUGAAUGUUCUCCACUGGCACGUCACUGAUUCCCAGUCUUGGCCCAUGUACUUCAAGUCGCAUCCCGAAUUGUCCGACAAGGCGGCCUACUCUCGCGCUGAAACCUACAGUCCUCGUGAUGUCCGCAAUAUCAUCAGCUAUGGUGAAUCUCGCGGUGUCCGUAUUGUUGUCGAAAUCGAUAUGCCCGCUCACACUGCCACCAUUGGUGAAUCCCAUCCCGAUCUCAUGGUCUGCCGCGACAAGUUCUGGGCCGAAUUUGCUGCUCAACCUCCUGCUGGUCAGUUGAACCCCAUCAAACCUGAAGCCUGGUCUCUUGUCCAAGAUAUGGUCAAGGAAAUGACGGAACGUUUCCCCGAUACGCUCUAUCACACUGGUGGUGAUGAAAUCUGGGCUAGCUGCUGGCCUACCGACAAGGAAAUCAAGCAAUACGUCACCGAUCACAACAUCACCUACAACCAGCUCUGGUUCGACUGGGAGAACAAGCUCGUCGACUAUGUCAAGGGACUGAAGAAGCGUCCCGUCAUGUGGGAAGAUCCCGUCAAGGAUGGCGGUGACAUCAACACCGAUACCGUCAUUCAAACAUGGUUGACUCCUCCUGUGAACUACACUUCCCGCGGUUACGAUGUCAUUGUCUCCAACUUUGAUUACUUUUAUCUCGAUUGCGGUCACGGUGGUUGGGUUGGUAAUGAUGAUCGCUACAUCUCUCCUGCUCAACAGCAAACCGAAGGUGACGAUUACAACUACGUUGGUCCUGCUGGUUCAUGGUGUGCUCCUUUCAAGACAUGGCAACGUAUUUACACUUAUGAUAUGACCCUCAACAUCACCAAUGAUCAACCUGGCAAGAUUUUGGGUGGUGAAGUCGCUCUGUGGUCCGAACAAGCCAAUCACCAUGUGAUUGAUUCUCGUUUGUGGCCUCGCGCUGCCGCUGCUGCUGAAAUCUACUGGUCCGGUAGCUACGACGCUGAUCACAACCGCCGCACGCUCAAGGAAGUCCAGCCUCGCUUCAACGACUGGGUCUACCGCUUGAACGGCCGUGACAUUGGUGCCGAACCUGUCCAACCCAAGUGGUGUCUCAAGCAUCCCGAACAAUGUAACCUUAAAGAUCCCCGCGAAGAUUAA